UAUCGGCCACUCUAAACCUCGUUGGUUUCUUCCUUCUCGUCUUCCCGGCGAACGUUUCGAUCUGUAUAUCCUGCGUGGAAAGGCCAUCCUCCACGAGAUGGAGAACGGCGGCGGCGGCGACGCCUUCGGCUCCUCCACCGCCCCUCUCACCUGGCAUGACUUCUUGGAGCGGAUGCGCCACCCCUCAGCUUCCGAUUUUGUCAAAUCGAUCAAGAGCUUCAUCACAUCCUUUUCAAAUAAAGCACCUGAUCCAGAAAAAGAUAGUGCUGCUGUACAGGAGUUUCUUGCCAACAUGGAAGGAGCUUUUAGGGCCCAUACGCUUUGGGCUGGUAGUUCGGAAGAAGAACUAGAAAGUUCUGGAGAGGGCCUGGAGAAAUAUAUCAUGACAAAACUUUUUAAUCAUGUAUUUGCAUCAGUUCAAGAAGAUGCAAACAGUGAUGAAGAACUUACUGAGAAGAUGGCUUUACUACAACAAUUUGUACGGCCUGAAAAUUUAGAUGUAAAGAAGGCCUUCCAAAAUGAGACAUCAUGGCUGCUUGCACAAAAGGAACUGCAGAAGAUUAAUAUGUACAAGGCUCCUAGAGACAAGCUCAUUUGUAUCCUCAAUUGUUGCAAAGUCAUUAAUAACUUGCUAUUAAAUGCUUCAAUCACAUCAAAUGAGAACCCUCCAGGUGCCGAUGAGUUUCUUCCUGUCCUCAUUUAUGUUACCAUAAAGGCAAACCCUCCGCAACUGCAUUCGAACCUGUUAUACAUACAGCGCUACAGGCGCCAGUCACGAUUAGUCUCUGAAGCUGCAUAUUUCUUCACGAAUAUCCUCUCUGCAGAAUCUUUUAUUUGGAAUAUUGAUGCACAAGCUCUUUCAAUGGAGGAGGCAGAGUUUCAAAAGAAAAUGCAAUCUGCCAGAGCACAUCUAAUGGGCCUAUCAACUGGGACGGAAGGUCAGAAACCUGAACCCAGUCAAGACACCAUGGAACGAGGUUUAGGGCUAGUGAAAGCCAACAGGGAGCCGGACAACACAGCAUCUGUUGAAGGACACCAUGCCCCAAGCCAAUCUUAUGUUAUAAACCAGGAUGUGGAUGGAAAGGAUAAGCCACUAGCUAAUAGGUUGUCCAUCUCAGAUCUAGAGAAGAAAGGAACUGCUGACCUUUUGAAGGAUGAAAACAUAAGCAGAUGUUUUCAGGACUACCCGUUCUUAUUUGCUAGUGCUGGAGAUCUAACAGUUGAUGAUGUCGAAAGCCUUCUAAAUUGCUACAAGCAGAUUGUUCUUCGGUAUGUAGCUCUUUCGAGAGGAUUGGCCAGCAAUGAGUCUCUUCCUCUACCCAACACGCAAACACCAUCUAGACUCCGAACUGUCGAGAACUCUGCACAUGUGAUAGGAACAGAAAUGAAAAAUGAGGGAUAUGAAGAAGUUAGAACGAAAACUGGCAGUUCCACUGAGGAUUUGGUCCUGAAAAUGGAUGACACUGCUGAAAUAAGUUCAUAAAAGGAUGUGCAGAAUUCAUAAGCUUAUAUCUGUGCACUGAAGCCACAGGAAUUGUUGUCUGCCAUGGACAAGCAUAGGAGAGCUUAGUGCAGCUUGCAAACAGUAGCUUUUGUUUGUGCUUAAAGGUUUGAAUGCUCAAACGAAGGACACAACAGGCUCGCCUGUCGUGCUCAUCGUGGUUCUUGAUUAAGCUGUUGAUUCUUUAUUCUUUUGUAGUUCCUGAUAAAGAGUUUAA